UGCUUUAAGGUGUGGGGUAGGCCUAAACUAGCAAAGGAUGAGGUUUUUGGUGAUAAAAAUGAAUUGGAGCGUGUUUAUGAUGAGUUUGUUCAAGUUUCCUUUUCUUGUUUGGUUUUGAAGAGGAAAAAGGAAGGGACUAUACAUAAGCAAGGAAGCUAGUAUUUUUCCCCACUGUGUGAGGUGUCUCAACCUAUUUUUUGCUAUUUUAAUUGCCCAUUUUGAUUGAUAUAAUUCCCAUUCCCAUAAAAGGGGACUGUGAAUCAAUCGGUCUACUUAUACUACCUUCCUCUUUCUCUCUCUUUCUCUUAUAGUCAUAGACCUUUCUAUAUUUUCUCUCUCUCCUUUUCCACCAUCCUCUCUCUCUAUAUUCUCUCUCUUAAACAUAAACAUAAACAUAAACAUAAACACAAACAUAAACACAUCAGAUUUGUUUCUUCCCUUUUUUAGGCCUAUUUCUUUUCCCACCUCAAACCAAAAGGCUCUCUGGGUAUUUGCCAAAUUUGUAAGCAUCCCUUUUAUUACCACACUCCAAUAACCUUGAUUUUCAUCUUCUAGUUUCCACAAAUACCCAAUUAUUUUUGGAAAAUUCUUUCAAGACUUUUUUUUUUUUUUUUUGCAGAAGAGAGUAGUAAUCCAUAUAGUUUCUUUAUCUUCAUUCUCACACAAUUUCCUCCAUCACAUUCGUCGCAAAAUCACAACUUUCUUUCAAUUUCCAUCUCUUCAAAGCUUUGAUUUUUCUGCUUGUUCUUCAUCAAAUUUUAUUUUUUCUUUGCUUGAAGAAAAAAAGCAAAAAAAAAAAAAAAAGAAGCAAAAAUGGUGAGAGGAAAGACUCAGAUGAGGCGUAUCGAGAACGCCACAAGCAGGCAAGUGACCUUCUCGAAGAGGAGAAAUGGGCUGCUGAAGAAGGCCUUCGAGCUCUCAGUUCUUUGCGAUGCUGAGGUGGCACUCAUCAUCUUCUCCCCUAGAGGCAAGCUCCAUGAAUUCGCAAGCUCAAGCAUGCAUGAGACGAUCGAGCGUUACCAGAAGCAUACUAAAGAUAAUCAAGCUAACAAUCCACCUUCGGAGCAUAAUAUGCAGCAUUUGAAGCACGAAGCAGCAAGCAUGAUGAAAAAAAUCGAGCAGCUGGAAACCUCGAAGAGGAAGUUACUCGGUGAAGGUUUAGGCUCGUGCACCAUCGAGGAGCUGCAGCAUCUCGAGCAGCAGCUGGAGCGCAGCGUCACCACCAUUCGUGCAAGAAAGAUGCAAGUAUACAAGCAGCAGAUCGAGCAUUUGAAGGAAAAGGAGAAAGCCCUAGCUGCUGAAAAUGCAAUGCUGUGUGAGAAGUUUGGACUUCAAACACGAGGGGGAGGAGGAGAAGGAGGAUCGAACGAGGAGAGAGCAGUGGCGCCGUCUGCAGAUAUCAGUGAGGUGUCGGAUGUGGAGACUGAGUUGUUCAUAGGGCUUCCUGAGACGAGGCAUAAGCGCCCCUACCAGAAAUAGUAUGUGAAUAAUUUGAGAAGCUAGCUAACUCCUAGCUUUAGUAUAACUUAAUUAUGUAUGUUUAUAUAUGAAUGAUGUUGCUUAUUUUGUUUUUAUGUCGAUUUAUGAUUUGCAGUUGGAACUGCAUAUAAUCUGUACUUACAUCUGUAAACCACAUUGUUUUCUUUUUUGGCUGCGAUGGAAUGUGGUAAUUAUACAGAUCA